AUGGAUUUGACGAUUAAAGAAGUUGCUGCUUCUCCUACGAGGCAAACCCAGCCAUUCCCUGGAAGACGCUCCCUACAACAGGGAUGGACUUCUGGACCCUGGGUGGUUCCGAAUACUUCCCCACCUGUGGUCCCACGACUUGAUUUGGGAAGCCUUGCUGCCUCUGAUGAUGAGGACCAGGAUGUAACAGCUGAAAAUCUGCCAGCACCAUCAAGCAAAUACAAACUGAAGUAUCAAGAACAUGAGGCUGAAAUGAAAGAAGGAUAUGAACAGGAUAGCCAGAGAAAUUCAGAAAAGACAAAGUCACAUAUGCCUCAACAGUCCCCAGGAAAGCAGCUGGAGGAAGCCAGCCCGAACGGCCUCACCGCUCUGGACAGGAAAGCCCUCUUACAGCAAGGUUUUGCAGAAAGCCCCUAUGGUGCACAACUCAGCCUGAGAAAAUCAAAUGCAGAGAUAGUGGCUACAGAGAAGAAGAAACAGACAGUUGCAGAGCAAGUGAUGACCGACCUCCUGUCUCGGGCUGUGAUCAGUGAUCCAGAGCAAAAUUUAACCCCUGAGAAACAAGAAGGUGCAUGCAUUCCUCCAGAUUCAAAGGUGACACCUCUUCGCCUUAGAAAAAGAACGCUACAUGAAACAAAGAUAAGAACCCAUUCUGCAUUAACUGAAAAUGUGCUUUCUCAUAAAGUUCAAUUUGAUGGUAGGAUCAUAUCAAGAAAUGGACGUAAUGCUUGCAGAGAGCUAAUAGGAUUCUUUUUUAUCCAUGACCAGUCCCUUACAAUUUAUGAGUAUCGGCAAUUUGGGAAAAAUAGAACAAAUGUGCUUCCAUUUAUUCAAAAGGGCAUUUAUAGUCACCAAAGUGGACGAAGAAAAGGAAGACCAUACCAACUUGGUGAUUUUUAUACUGGUGCAACUUUGACAUUUCUAACUUCUGAUCACCCUGGCCUUUCCAAAAGCAUAAAAGAAAGUGUAUUACUCAGAGUUCGAAUCACAAAUAUUGAUCAAAUGGCUCUGGAUUCCCUAAAAACUGCUUCUGUGGAACAUGAUGAUGAUGUGAUCUGUCAAGAGGCCAGUGACAGCCUGAUCUUAAAGGCCAUUCAAGAUGUGCUAAAGGAAAAAUUGCAUAAAAGAGGUGUUCGUAUUUUGACUGGACUGGGAAAAUACUUUCAGCAGUUGGACAAGGAAGGAGAUGGACUGUUAGAAAAGUCAGAUUUUCAGCAAGCUCUGAAAGCGUUUCACUUUGAAAUAUCCGAAAAGGAUUUUGAGUCUCUGUGGUUCAUUCUCAGUGGCGAUGGCAAUGGCAAGGUUGAUUAUGGAGAAUUUAAACGUGCAAUUAUUGGUGAAAUGAAUGAAUACAGGAAAUCAUUUGUUCGAAAGGUUUUUAUGAAGCUGGAUUUUAGCAAAACUGGCUUUGUGAGUAUCAUAAAUAUAAAAAAAAGUUAUUGUGCAAAGCAGCAUCCCCAAGUACUUUCAGGCCAUGCCACAGAGGAAGAAAUCAAAUCCUCUUUUUUAGAAACAUUAAGAGAAUGCUGCAGCAAGCCUGAUGAAGUGUCAUAUGGUGAAUUUGAAGAUUACUAUGAAGGUCUAAGUAUAGGAAUAGUAAAUGAUGAAGAUUUUGUUAACAUCUUGCAUACUCCAUGGGGAAUUUAG